UAUGGAGGAAGCACAUUUUAUCGCAUUGCAUAAUCCGGAUUAUUUUUCAACAGAUAUUGGAUAUGCAACUUCACGGGAUUAGACAGUUCAUCUGUGUUGCUCAGGUUGUUGAGGCUUCAGGAGGUCGUCACCUGGUAUGCUCUAUUUGGUGUACAUUCCUUGAAGAAAGUCUUUAUCUACUGGCAGCAAUGGUUUUGAACAUGAUAUUGUGGAAUCUGGUAUUCGUUUUUGAGGUUCAGACACAUGAAUUCUUUGGUAUAUAGAUAAUUUUUUUUUUUCCAGAAUUGGGUUUAUUUCUUGCAUAUUGCCUUGCUUUUGCAACAUCAUAUCACCGAUUGCCUUGAAGUUGGUUAUAAGAUUGAAGAUAUGGUUGCAGGCUGUUAAAACAUAGAAGUGAAGGGUUAUAAUGUAUGGGGCACAGGGAGAUGGAGCAAGUGAGUGUUCUUUAAGGUGAUUGUUGUUGGUAGCACAAAUACGGAGUAGUUAAAAGUGUAGGAAAUUGUGGUUAGAAAGUGGAAUGAUGACGGCGGAUUCCAUCUUUUCUGGUAACAGGAGGCCAUUAAAGUAAAGUACUAUAGUAUGUCAUGUGUGCAUAUUUCAUUAUAACGAUAACGUCGAGGACACCGCUAACACCUUACCGUCCGGCAUCUUCCAUUUUUUGGAUGUGAAGAGGUUGAUAAGUCGAAAUGUGUGUCGGCGAAAAGUUGAGGAGGCAAGAAUCCCACGUCACUUUUGGAUGCAGACUUAAUUGUAAACACCCCUCUAAUUGUUCAAAGCCAACUAUAUGAUGAUUAUAUUAAAAUAAGCAUAAUGAAUAAUGAUUCGAGUCUCUACAAAACUUUGUGACAUAUCUGGUGGGGAGUCUCAAUGCUGCUCUUAUUUUAUACGGAGUAAAUAAAAGCAACACAGUCAAUGCUCCUUUAUAAAAGUAGGUAGCUUUCUCUGUCUUUCCCACUCAUAAUGAGAAAGAGCCAAAGAGGAAGGAGCCCUAUGAAAUUAUCUCCAAUCGUUCCCACUGGACGAAGGAAGUCAGUGUUUGAGUGAGUCAAGAUUCAGAUUGUUUAAGGAAACGAGAUCAUAAUACUCACUCACAAUGGGUAGCUAUAAAAUUAUCUUCUUUUCCCUCUGCACUGUCUUGUUUAUCGCCAGCAGCAGCAGAAGGAUUGAAGGCAGUUUAUUUUUAUUCCCAAUGAAAGAAGCAAGUGUUUGCGAUCUUCAGGCUGCUUUCCAGCACAACAGGGUCAACUCCAGGCAACUUGUAGAGUUCUAUAUUGCUAAUAUCCAGAAGCUCAAUCCAGUUCUUAAAGCAGUCAUCCAAGUCAAUCCAGAAGCACUUGACUUGGCAGAUAAAGCUGAUCAAGAACGUAAAAACAAGACAUCAGUGACUUCUCUGUCGUUGUUACAUGGUAUUCCCGUUCUUGUGAAGGACAACAUUUCAACCAAGGAUAAGCUGAACACAACUGCUGGAUCUUGUGCGCUUCUUGGGUCAAUUGUGCCUCAGGAUGCAGGUGUUGUGAAGAAAUUGAGAAAAGCUGGGGCGAUCAUACUGGGAAAAGCAAGCAUGACUGAGUGGGCAGCUUUCAGGUCAGAUGCCAUGCCCAGUGGCUGGAAUUGUAGACUUGGCCAAGCUGUGAAUCCUUAUGUAGCAUCUGCUGAUCCGUCGGGUUCAAGCACCGGUUCAGCAAUAUCAGCAGCUGCAAAUUUGGUCACAGUUACACUAGGCACAGAAACAGCAGGAUCCAUCUUGAGUCCAUCCAAUGCCAAUUCAGUUGUUGGGAUCAAACCCACUGUAGGCCUAACAAGCCGAGCAGGUGUUGUGCCAAUUUCACAUAGACAGGACACCGUCGGGCCAAUUUGCAGGACUGUGAGUGAUGCAGUUCAUGUCCUAGAUGUUAUUGUUGGAUAUGAUCCUGAUGACAAACAGGCAACACAUGAAGCUUCAAUGUACAUUCCACAAGGCGGGUAUGCCCAAUUUCUCAAGGCUGAUGGACUAAAGGGUAAGAGAUUGGGGAUUACCAGGAACAAUGGUUUAGUUGGGUUCAAUGACGACUCAGAAACCUUGAAAGCUUAUGAACAACAUUUCACAACACUGAGGCAAAGAGGAGCAGAGUUGGUUGACAAUUUGGAGAUACCCAAUUUUGAGCUGCUAGUCCAUUCUGUUAUUGCUGCUCAAGACAUAGCUCUGAAAGCAGAGUUCAAGAUUGAUGUGAAUGCCUACCUUGGAAACUUAGUGGAAUCUCCAGUGCGAUCCUUGGAGGAUGUGAUUGCAUAUAACCAAAAAAAUGCAGAUGGCGAAAUGAUUGAGAAGUAUGGGCAAAAUAUACUGGUGGAAGCUGAGGAGACUAGAGGGAUAGGGAGAUUGGAAAGAGAGGCGCUUGCGAAUAUCAAAAAAGCCUGCAAGGAUGGGUUUGAGAAGUUGAUGAAAGACAAUAAUUUGGAUGCGUUAAUGUCGCCUGGAUCAGAUGUAGCUUCCAUUCUUGCACUUGGAGGGUAUCCAGGAAUCAAUGUUCCAGCGGGGUACGAUAAAAAUGGAGUCCCAUUUGGUGUUUCCUUUGGAGGGCUAAAGGGCUCAGAGCCCAAACUCAUUGAGAUUGCAUAUGGGUUUGAACAGGCUACCAUGAUCAGGAAAGCUCCUCCGGUUUAAUCCAUGGAAUGCAUUUUGUUGAGAUGCAGAUUUAUAAUAAACCCCCACAGACAGCGCAGCCAACCAUUCAUCUACUGCCAACUGCACAAGAAAAAGAAGAA